AUGUCCAUGUGCCAGCUGUUUUUAGCCUUGAGCCAGCCAGCCGUGCUUGGCCUCGUCGCCUCCACUAACCUCCAGCCGUUCGAGCGGAUGGCGCCAAAAACAGCCAAUCUCGGUCGCCUAGCUGGAUUCUCUCAUUGCUCCAGAUUUGCGGCUCGCGUGGCCGCCGGCGCUACCAGACGGCCUCGGUGUCUGUCUAUGCUACCGGUCGCCCUUAUCGCCAUGUGCUCGUCGGACGGUCGAGUCACGGCUGGGUGGGCGGUGGCUUGCCCCUCACCUCCCUCCCUCCCAUCCAACACCCACACCAACUGA